AGCAGCAGCAGCAACCCACAACCUCUCCUACAACAACGGCGACAACAUACAACCACAAAAACAACAUCAUUGGUUGCUUUUAAUAUAUUUUUAAUAUUAGCUGCCAUAAUAGCAAAAAACAAUAAUAACCGCAUUUGUUGAUUGAUUCUACUGCCAGUUUUCGUAAAGAUACAAUUUGGUCUUUACAAACACACAAUUCAAUUUUGUUUUUAUGUUUGGCAUAGAAAAGAUUAUUGAGUUGUGUCAUCACAUCAUCGAGCAGUAAAGGGCUACGCCGCUUGUACGAGUUCUGGAAAAACAAACAAAACAGUGUUCGAAAGAUAAAUCUAUCUUUGCCGGUAGCGUCAUCUCGCUAGUCCAACAACAGGAUCUCGUCAGCGGUUUGGCUUAACUUUGCAUCAUCUCACCUCUGAAACUCAAGCAACAUUUGAGGAAAAACAUAUUGCUUGCAUGUUGUGCAAAAAGAUUGCCAAGUUAAUUUAAAUAGAAAAAAAUAUAUACAAAAUGGAACAGCCAUUGAUUGUACAGGCCGAGUACUCUUUUAAAGGGGGCAACAACGAUGAGUUGUGUUUCAAAAAAGGUGAUCUAAUCACUGUGACACAACGUGAAGAGGGUGGCUGGUGGGAAGGCACCCUAAACGAUAAGACUGGCUGGUUUCCCAGCAACUAUGUUAUGGAAUAUAAGGCACCCUUGCCCAUUACAGAUGUCAUACGACCCCCCGAAGAGAUACAAGAGUACAGAUCAGUAGUUCUUAAAGACCUAUUGGACUCGGAGAGGGCCCAUGUGGCCGAGGUGCAAGGUUUGUUGGAGAACUUUUUGGAACCUUUGCAGCAAACACAAAUUUUAAAUGCCGACGAAUAUGCCCAACUAAUGUGCAAUUUUGUUGAGGUGGUUAAAACCCAUGAAGAGUUACUCACACAAAUGGAAGAGUGCAAUGAUCGCGUGGGCAAAUUGUUUCUAAAUAAGGCCCCUUUGAUGAAACAAGUUCACCAAGCCUAUUGUGCGUCACAUCCCAAAGCCAUUGUCAUUUUAGAUAAAUACAAAGACGAAUUGGAAAAGUAUAUGGAACGACAGGGAGCAGCCACGCCAGGACUUUUAGUGCUGACAACGGGUUUAUCGAAACCAUUUCGGCGUUUAGAUAAAUACUCGGCCAUGUUACAGGAAUUGGAACGACACAUGGAAAGUAGUCAUCCCGAUCGAGGGGAUACUCAACGCAGUGUAGCGGUAUAUAAGGAUAUAGCAGCCACUUGCUCCGCCACACGAAGACAAAAAGAAUUGGAACUACAAGUUCUUACGGGUCCUGUAAGAGGUUGGCAGGGUCAAGAACUCAGUUCGUUGGGUGAAAUUAUACACAUGGGUAGUGUAGCGGUGGGAUUGGAUCAUCGUGAUCGUUAUUUUGUAUUAUUUCCACAAACUUUACUCAUAUUGAGUGUUAGCCAAAGGAUGAGUGCUUUUAUUUAUGAGGGUAAAUUACCUUUGACGGGUAUAAUUGUUAAUCGUCUGGAAGAUUCGGAUACUUAUAAAAAUGCCUUUGAAAUCAGUAGCCCUCUGAUAGAACGCAUUGUUGCUGUAUGCCAGGGACCCAAUGAGGCCAACAAAUGGGUUGACCUCUUGACAUCGACAAAUAACAGCAGUGUGCCCAUAGGCAUUAAACGACAACACAGUAACCUAAGUAGUGCCUCAAUAAGUGGUGGCCACAUAUCAACGCCUCCCAGUCAUUCCACUUAUAAUUUGGAUGCUCGUGGUUAUUGUACCCGAUUCUCACUGUGUGCCUACUUCAAUUCACCCCAAAUGUGCAUUACCCUACCGCCCAGCAAUUAUCCACCGACGGCUCCCUAUGCCAGACUCAGCGAUCAUUUUGCCAAAUUGGUAAAGGCUGGUCUGCUCAAGAAUUUCAUAGUGAAAAUGUUGCUGUAUCCUCAGUCAAGGCAAAGUGUUGAUAUGGGCUCGGUGCCAUUGAGAAAGAAAUCGCAUAAAAUAUCCAAAAAAAUUGUCAGAUCUCAUUUAGAAUACGGAGUGGGUGAUGGGGAGGAGGAGUUGGGGAGCAAGGAAUCGGAGUUAUCGGAAAAGGGGCUUUUGGAGAGACAAGAUGCUUUUUCUUUGCCCACUGAUUCAGAGAGUGGUAGUGGCAGUGGCAUUGAGGCUAGCAAAGAUUUUGAAUUUAUGCAAUUCUCCAGAAAUGAUUCCAUAAUUUCAACGGGCACUUUUAUUGAUCAUGGCUCGGGAGCGGCCACACCCAACAAGGCACGACAUUGUUCUUCUAUAAAUCUCAUAAAUUUGGAUUCAGCCAGUGAGGAUGGCUGCGGAGGAGAGAGAAGUUGCUGUUGCAGUCCCUCACCCAGCACUGCCCUGAAGAAGGAGUCCUUGGUAAUAGGCUCCAAAACAAUGAGGGCCAUAGCCCGCAAAUCGUCGGAACAAAGUAUUAUUAUACAUACCUCAAAAGCUCACUUGGAUCUCGGUAGCGGUGGUGGGUGUUUCCAUACCCUGCCCAUAACUAAUGAUGUGGUUGAUCAUCCUAACCUGGCUACUCCCCCGCUGUUACAACAACAAAUUUCGGAAACUUCAGGCAAAUCCUCAGUAUAUGCUGGCCGUCUGAAAGGAGCCUAUAUUGCCUGUGAAAAUCUAGCUGAUCUCAGUGACGAGGCCAAAAUUAAGGCCAGCACCUCUCAGUUGGCCAUAUCUCCUACAGAGCGUCACAGCAUGCCCAAUAUGUUUGUGGGCAAUCGUUUUAACCGCAGUUCCAAGACCGCUGUCUAUGUGCCCUCAUGGCAGGAUCGUAAUGACAAGCUGAAUCAAAGUGCCGAUGGUGUUGAAACCAACUCCCAAGAUCUGGUUGAUGGCGAAGUACAUGCCAGUACGUUAGACUUACCUGCAAUGUGCCGCGAGGCCCCUGAUAAACUGCAAGCUGAACUAUUAUAUAACUUUCAGGAGCAACAUGAUGCGGACAAUGAUGUCAUAGCUCCACCUUCCAUGUACAAAAACUUCCAACACAAUUCGAGGAACUUGAAUAAUUUCACUUUAUCACAGACUGAGUUAUGCUUUGAGCCCAAACGCAGCAGCAAUGGCAAUGAAUCAAAAGACAAACGUAAUUCCAUAAAACGAUGCAUUAGUUAUCACUAUGUUCCCCUGGCCAAUGUUGAGGUGGGAGAUGGGGAGCCCAAUGGCCCAGCUGCAGAUAGAAAUGCCAAUCGACGACAUUUCGGAUCCCCAGACAAAAAAGGCGACAGCACCAGCACAAAAUGUAAAUGUUGUGAAAGUUCUCAAUGCCCCAGUCCCAGAUCCAGUGAUUCGGGUAUGGCUGGCAGUUGCACAAUAAACUCACCGGAUCCCCCACAAUCGGAUGGAGUCAACUAUGAGCCCUACUAUGAUGUGGAUGGCAAUUUGAAGCUAAUGGCAAAUGGCAAUGGUCCCUGCGACGAUUUGGCAAGAUUUGAUGUGUGUGGCACUUUUCGGGAAAAGUUUUUGGAAAUAACUCAACAACAGCAGCAGCAACAGCCGCAUGAACUACCGCUAGUUGAGACUAGCCCUAUGGAGAGCCCUUUGGCCACACCCACAGCUACGCAGGCUGAGACUACUGUAACUUCUUUAGAAUUCCAAAGAAAUAGCAAAAGUAUUUAUAUUAGCUCCACAGCACCUUCCCAUCCCCAGGGAAGUUCUUCAAAUUUUGUAUUUUCCUCGCAAGGCAGUGAAAGGGACUCCACCACAACCGCUGGCGAUGUCAACAUAGAUAACAGUAGUGAACCUAGUGUUUUUCGCUCUGGCAUGUAUGCCCAUUGGUGGAAAAAGGAAACUCUUCCCCACGAGGUGGUCAAGAGUAUAGCAAAGGUUUACAACCGACGUUUGCCUCCCUCGAAUCAGAUUAGUUUGGAUUCACGUUGCUCCCUAUGUUCCAAUUGUUUUUGUUCCAUGGAGGCCAGUGGUUACAGCGAAGGUGCCACCUAUUGUACCAUGUGUCAGGAUUGCAUAUCCAAUUGUAGUUCAUCCAGUCAGCAAUUGGCGGCUACAAAUACCACAACCACCAUAACAUCAGCCGAAUGCCCUUUGUGCUGUAAUGUGCCCUCAUCAAGGAAUUCAGGAGAGGUCAAUCAAACCACAACUGUUGCAUCAUCCAGGCAUAGUUUGCUAAGUAGUCCCGCCUCUUCAUUUGAUGUAGACUGUCCCAUUUGUAGCGGUAAUUAUUUGGCUCGUGUCGAGUCCUUGAGUUCGGGCAAAGACGAAGAAGUAUCCCACAGUCAGAAGAAGUCGAAGAAAAGCAAGAAGACAGGUUCGGCAGCGACGACGAUGGGGCCAUCUGCAGAAGAUGUCUCCACCCUCAAAUCUCAGCAUGCUGACACAACGAAUAAAUCAGCAACAGCAGCAGCAACAACAAGUGGUGGCCAGCGGACAAUCACCAGCAACAGUGGCUGGAGCAAUAACAACAACGAAUCCUACGGGCCGAGUGGAGAACAACAGUGUGUCCCCCUCGGCCCAGUCGCAGGGAGCAGCAGCAGCAGCAACGUCACAACACAAACGGAGCCUAUCGUUCAAUCAUCACCUCAGUUACAAUCAAUACACGCACACUCAGCAUCCACCACCUCAUCCAAUGCAUCAUCCACAACAACCACCAAGUCUACCAAGUCAUCCAGUGGCAGUGCCAAACCACAAAUCAAGUUUAGUCCCGACAUCGAACAGUAUUUCGAAGACACAACUCCCGGCACAUCAUACGGCAAACACCAUGGCGGUAAACGCAAGGACCGGAAACACAAAAGCUAAUUGGAGCAUAACAAAUAUGCGCCCAGCACCACCUUUACGUCCAGUCAUUUUGAAUUCUAACCCCACUAGUGGCAGCAGUAGUGG